UACUGAUAGAGUGAACAAAUAACUCGCUCGGGUUGAUCAUUACCUAUCUUAUCGGAUAGUUAGAAUUUAUAGUUUUGAACUCAUCCAUCCAUCUAUCCAUCCACGAUCCAUCCAUUCCACCCCCAUCGAUCUUUUCCGCCCCGCGGCCCCUCUCAUCUCAACAAGGACCGGUGGACAUUCGCGUUUCGGUAUUUGUUGUCUCCCGUAGAAUUCUUAGUGUCUUCUCCACCUUCACUUCCGACAAAAAUAACAUAACACGAUCAAAUUGGCGACAACAAUCCUUUACUCGACAUGUCAAGCCGAAAGAGAAUAUCGCAAGCUUGUAAACCAUGUGGCAUUAAGAAAAUAAAGUGUGAUGGCGGGGCUCCCGUGUGCGGUCCUUGCCUGAAGAGAAACGGAGAAUGUUCUUAUGGUAUAUCAAAACGUGGGCAUUUCCCCCGGAAAUUCAAUGAUGAUGGAAGCCCAAACACUGCCGGUCGUGAAAACUCAUCUAACCCAUCGCCUGUUCAACAACCAUUAGGUGGUAGCCGCCUCCCUAUUACGUGCUCUGAUACACCACUCACUCUCCCAGGCUCUGUUAGGCCAUCUUUAGGUUAUAGCCAUAGCUCAUCGUCGCAAAAGAAAGAUGCCGGACCAAAGAAGUAUCCCUUCAAUGCUGAGGUAACGAAGCGUUUGUUUCAAACUUACUUCGAUUGUAUUCAUCCAAUGUGGCCGAUUCUGUACAAACCAAUGUACACUUCAUUCGAUUAUACGUACCCUUCACCAAGUAUCCCAAAUGUCUUAGCAUGUGCAAUGUUCGCUAUGGCGGCUUGUGUAGAAAAGCUUCAACCUUCUCCGCAGCCAUUCGAUGACCCGCACGUUAUGGGAUCUGAAGAGCCUCGCUUUUAUUUCGACGAGUCCUUGAACUUGCUACAAAGAGGCAAUGAUACCAGCGAUAAAUCUUUGAAGAACGCUUUUACUCCCUCAAUCGUAAAUUGCCAAACAUUGACAAUCCUUUCACUGCAGCAACAUGGAGUAGCUGAAUAUUCCAGAGCGGCGAUUUUCUGUGGACUUGCGUCAUCAAUGGCUAUCGAGUUACGAUUGCAUAGACCUCACGAAGCGCAUGGCCCACAGCGUGAAAUUCGCCAUCGUCUCUGGUGGAAUCUAUACAUCCUCGAGAAGAUGAUUUCUUGUGAAAUGGGGAGACCAGUGAUGCUUAGAGUCGAGGAAACUGACACUCCAUAUCCCUCUACAUCCGAGGCGGAUGAAUUUGAACUACUUCCUAGUAGAAUGAAGGGACAGAAUACGACUAAUAUACAUAGUGUUGGCAAGAUGCAUACACUGUCAGUCCUUGUGACGACUAUUCAACUUUCGGUCGUAAUGGAAAGACUUUCGAGAGAGGUGUAUGGAUUGAUAAGCCGGAGAGCAAUCCGGGAUGACCGGAGUUUUGGUGAAGGAAAACGCAUGGAAUUAUGGUCUUCUUUUCAAAAGUGGGAGAGUGAUACUGAAGCUUCUCCCUUGCGCUUAGAUUUGAGCAGUCAUUUGACAUCAGUCCCUGGUAUCGUCACUAACUAUGUUAUUAUGCACUCAGGGGUGAUUCUUUUACAUCGCCCUUUCAUUGCUCGAUGGAUAUCAAACCCUGCAAAUGCCAAUGCUUCAGCGCACCCACUCAAGAUUUGCCUAAAUAGUGCGAAUGCAAUUUGCACUAUCUUAGAGAAGUACUUUGAUGUUUUCUAUGGCCUGCCAUGUGACAUGGUAUUUAGUAUUUUCACAGCUGCAAGCACGCUUUUAUAUCAAUCAAAGCAACCAGACGGAGGUGAUAAUGCAGAAUCACAACGUCGUCUUAAGUUGUGUAUUCACUGGCUUUCUGUUCUUGGGAGAAGUUGGAAUAGUGCUGGAGCUCGUCAACAGAUUUUGGUAGAUUUAUCAGCAAUGCCACGAGAUGUUAAUAUGACAACCCUGGUUAAUGCAGCCGCUGCUGUCGAUGCCCAGGAGUCAACAUCCUCGCAGCUUCUAUCUGAGCAGGAAUCAAUGUAUACCCGACACUCGACAACAGACAAUACUCCUGGCACAGCGAAACCUGGAGCAGCAGAGGACUGGGAAUUCUUGAGAGGAUUUGGAGAUUCAUCUGAUGAAUUUUAUAUUCUAGAUGAAGAACUUCGAGUUUUACUUGAGAGUGAUCAGCAGUGGAAUCUCUAAGUCACAUAGCUCAAUUCGUCAAAACGAUAUCAUUACGCUUAUCAGCCUCGGUUCUAUAAUUCUACCACCUCUACAUUUCAAUAAUUCCGAUAGGUCCAUUAUAUUCCCGUCUUCCAAAGCAGAAAUAGAAUAUCGCACCGAAAAACAACCAUCCACCCAUGACAACCACGCUGUAAUUCAUGUUCUGUGCGGUGACAGGUUGCACACUCGGAAAUGUGCAGAAUACUAUCGCCACGAGAAGCCAAACAACAGCAAUAACAUUGACUAUCAAUCCCAAUGUGUCACCCAACCUGAAUGGUCCAUAUUGGCUUCUCCUGAUAUUCUUUCUGCCAUAGAUUAUCAUGUAGAUAAUUGGCACAAGAUAGGAAGCAUACAUUCCCAGAACGGACAUCGAUACGAUGGCAUUGAAGGCAGUACUAUUUCCGAGGUAUAUCAGACCAAGCAACAUUUCUACCACAGUCAAGGCUACAAUAGCACGAACAGGUACUUGUGUGGUCGGGCUGAUGUGAGCGAAAUACUUCGAGUAUGGAGUUGCGGAAUCACGAGCAAACGCCCAAUAUGUUCUUGAGGUUGAGGUACAGCCGGCCGCGUUGGCGGCUACUGCAAUAAAACAGACGACUAGGACCAUGACAGUUGCUCCAGCGGUAUUAUUCGUUACGUUUUGAUACAGCUGCAUGAACGGGAAGCCAGUCGGAGAUGCAAGUACUAGAAUUACAACAACUAUCAGUGAUAUUUCUCAUACUAGACUUUCCGAAGGUCGAAUUUUGCUUCAUCAGGGCGUUCACAAGUGGAAAGCAUGAGAAAAAGAAUUGCUUACAUUCGUUCAAAUCGCCAAGGGAAUACAACAGUAUGAUGCAAUACCCAAGUCCCAAGAUUCCAUUCACAGCAACACUUCCGACCAUAGCAAUUGGAACAUCUCGUGCGGGGCGUGGCAUCUCUUCUGCUAAAUGACAAGCCGCAUCAUAACUUUGUGGAAUAAUUAGCAUAACGCAAUAAGAGGGCUAGGAUACAACUUACCCAAGGAAUGGAUAUACAGCACUCAAGAGACCCACAAGCCAUGAUACCCCGUCACUUUCCCAGCCACUGGUAUUCGUUACUUCGGUAAAAACAAAAUGAGCAUCGUGCUUGGGUGCCAUUGCUCCAAGUACUGCCAUGAUUGCUACGAGACCGGCUAAAUGUAGACUACCUGACGCUAAGUUUGUGUGUGGAAGUAUCUUCGAUCCCCAUAUAUUCACAGCAGCAGAGUAUAGAAGGACCAUCCAGUAGAAUAGCAUACCCUGCCAUCUUGUUGGCACAUAGCUGUCUGGAUUAUUGAGUGUUACGAGUCCUUGGAAUUGCAGUCCUGCGGAAAAUGCUGCUGAUGCUGUAAGAACAAUUUGCCCACCGAUGGAGAUCCAGCCUGUGAACCAGGAUGCAAUCUUCAUCUGGCUUUUUGGGGCCAGAGCAGCGACGAAAUGAUAUUGUCCUAUGUCGUGUCAGCAUUAGACAACAUUCUUGAAUGAGUUUGUUUGUUUGGUUAUUACUUACCGCCAGCUGUCGGCCAGAUGGACGCAAUUUCGGCUAGCGAUGAUGAUAUCGCCAAACUCCCGAUCAACGAAAUACAGCUAUACAAAUGUCAAUAAGAUUAGUCUCUUUCGCGUGUCUGAUAUGACUUACUAGUUAUAGAAAAGACAUGGAGCUCCGCCAUUUGCCAACGCUGCUGCUACAACGCUGGAUAAUGCUUCCCAAGUUGCCAUCAAGCAAAGACAUAAUGAGCCAAGUGACCAGACCGAGAAGUCUUUGCGUAAUUCCUCUACAUGCCCUGCUACUAGAACCUCCCCCUUUUCUUCUUCUGUUCCAAUGAAUGACGGCCGGGACGCUUUCGUCAUGUCCUCUUUUUUGUACUCGGUUUCGAAAUCCAUGUUGAAAGAAUACUUAACAAUAUAUGUCCCCGAAUCAAUACUGUUGAGGUUGUUCGUACGAUGCCAGAAUGAAAAAUUUGUCAAGUAAUUAACAUAAACAUUUCAAAUCAAGGUAGACGAGAAAACGAGCAGGUGUAGGACACUCCAGGCCUAUCUCUAUCUCAUAUCAAACCUCCAGCAACAGAAAGCGGAUCCUUUCCGUUAUCAAGUCCAUACAAGGACUGUAAUUUUGAACAGUCAUGUUGAACUAGUCCGAAAAAGCUUAAUAAGAUUGAAUGCUGACGUUGAGACGAGAAUGAAACGUCUGCCAUGUACAAUCCUCACAGCAUAACAGCCUAGCAGCGCUAGUGGAUUCUAUUAUUUGGGACAAUCGGUCAUGGGAUUGGCGAUAGGUAUUAGCUAGCGAUACCGGGUAUUCGAGAGAUACCCGUACCCGUGCUUCAAUGACAGCCGAGAUAACCGAGAUAAACGGAUGGAUGUUUGUAUCUACCAAUCAUGUGUGAGCGUGCAAUCGGAAUAGCUGUAUUUUAUGUAAUGUGUAUCCUUUCCAAGCCGGGUAAGUGAUGGCAAUGUUGGCACAUAACCGAUAGUCUGAAAGUUUACCAAUGACUUCGUACCACGCUUUGUAACUAUAUUAGU